GCUUGGGAGCGUGUAAUACGCGAGAAACUGUUCCCAUCCUCCUCGCUCGCAGGGUAAUAAAAAAAAACAACAACAACGCAUGGAUGUGCUUGUUCCAGGAGGUGAGUGAGUAAAUCUCCUCCCGGUGUUUUCGUAUUCAAACAGACAGCGGCGUGAGGUUGCCGGUUUUGAGCUUGUUUUCCCUCAUAGGGGAGCCUCUAAGCUGUGACUGAGCUGAUUUCCCUGCUUUUUCCUUCUCCGCGGAGCUUCAGACGCACCGCGCGGAAAUAACGGGACUCCACUCGCGGACUUUCGGUGGAUCAUUAAACAAUGUCUGGCGGAUCAGUAACUGACCUCUCAGUGUCAACAUCUGAGUAGUUAGUUACACUGACUGAAUCUGAUUCACCGGGAGCCAUCAAACUGACGGAUUAACUUUUUGGAUUUGCCUUUUAUUUAGUUUCAAAGAAUCGGAAAAGUAAAAAUGCCAAUGGAUUGUUCUGAUUAACAUUCAUGCACCCAAUCCUGUGUUGUAUGAAGAGAACAGCAGGGUAUGCUCAUUGGACAGCAGUGGCUAUAUUUGAGCUCCUUGCACUAUGUGGUCAACAGGGUGGCUUUAUCCUCACACCUUCAGGACUCUAGAAUUAUCAUGAUGCUAUUUUUGUCUGCUGCUCUUGCAAAAUUCCUAGCCAGCGGAAUCUGACUGUGACAACAUGUCCGUACCAAAGCGAAGAAAAAUGAGGACUUUGGCUCUGCUAUUUUGUGUCAUUACAUUCACAAUGUUCUUCUUCAGUUACACCUUUCGGGACCCCUCUUUCUACUUCUUCAAGUACGCUUUUCGCCUCUCAGACAACUUUUUCUCCAAAGGGCUAUGCGCCUGUAGACAGUGCAUGACAGAGCUGGAGGACGACCCUUGGUUUGCUGAGCACUUCAAUCAGUCCAUCCACCCUCUGAUGACCAGGGAGAACAGCAUUCUUUCCGAUGAAACCUUUAAAUGGUGGCAGUGGUUGCAGUCAGAGAGGCAGCCGGCCAACUUCAGUGGAGUGGUGGAGGAGCUGUUCCAAGUCAUCCCUGAUGAUGUGCUCUACAUGGACGCCAGCCCUGAGCGCUGCAGGACCUGUGCCGUGGUUGGGAACUCUGGGAACCUAAAGGGCUCCCUGUACGGCGGCCUCAUCGACUCCAGUGACUUCAUCAUAAGAAUGAAUCAGGCUCCCACCUCCGGUUUUGAGGAGGAUGUGGGUGCGAGGACGACACAUCAUGUCAUGUAUCCAGAAAGUGCCAUAGACCUGGACAAUUCCACCAGCCUGGUGCUGAUCCCCUUUAAGACACUGGACCUGCAGUGGAUUGUUAGUGCUCUUACAACGGGAACCAUUAAACACACAUAUAUACCUGUUAUGUCCAGGAUAACGGCAAACAAAGAUAAGGUUCUAAUAUACAGUCCAACGUUUUUCAAGUAUGUUUAUGAGUCUUGGCUUGAGGGUCAUGGACGAUAUCCUUCCACUGGAUUUCUCAGCUUGCUGCUGGCUAUCCACAUAUGUGAUGAGGUCAGUGUGUAUGGAUUCGGGGCAGACCAGUAUGGAAACUGGCACCAUUACUGGGAGGAGAACCAUUUGGCGGGAGCCUUCCGACACACAGGAGUCCAUGAUGGAGAUUUUGAAUAUAAUGUCACUCUGCUGCUCGCAGACAAGCACAAAAUCCGAAUGUUCAAAGGCAGAUGAUGAUGGGCCCAUAUGUGUAGUGGGAUGACCACCAAAUGACCCUGAAGAGCCUUUCUUACUUCUUAUCUUCUCUUUAUCUCAUGCAGGAAGAAUGUUCCGACCUUCAAGAACACAUUCAAACUCUGGAACUCUGGUCUGUCCUGUUUCACGUCCUUUAACUAAGCCACUGUUUGAGAAAUGUCAUACUUGUCUUACUGACAAACCAACCGAUGUUUUGUCACAGAAAACACACAGGAGAAAAGCAACAUUGCCACUCCUACUCCCAUGGUAUGCAUUAUGAUCUAGGGAACAUUCUGUAUGGUCUGGGCAUAACAAAUGAAAUGUGUCUGACUUGUCAGCAGACAUACUAUACUAUUUAAAAGUAUGUGUGUUCUCUUUAUGUUCUUUUUUCUUCCAAUGGUUUGGAAUCUGACCGUUGGACGGUUUGUUAACGUUGUUGACAGCCAUAGUCAAUGUGUCAUUAUUACUCUGUUGAUGUACAGUAUGUAUGGGCUAAAAUCAGUUGUAAUAGAUCUGAAAAGGAGUAUUAUUGGUAUUAAAACACAUGCAACAAAUUGUUAUUAACUACCAGAACUACAAAGCUACUUUCAUUUGCUUGUCUGAGCUAUACAGUAAUACUGUUUGUCAAGUCCAAGGGAUACCUGGGAUAAUAGCGACAAAGAAAUAGCUUUAAUAAGAGAAAAAUAUAAAAAGCCUACAAUUUAUGUUUAGACAUUUAUGGACUCCGGAAAGGAAUCUUGACUUCCUGUUCUUCAGAUUUUACCCCAUUAGAUUUUCAUUUGUAAUUAUUUUUUUAUGACAUACAGUAUGUCAUCAACUAUUAUUGUGGUGAAAUUUGGUACCUAUAUUUAUGCCCCCACCCCCCUAAUGAACUGUGAAAACGUUGGUGGUUUGUAUUUACUGUAAUGUCAUCAUCAAGUCAAAAAUGAAAUUUGUCCAGUAACACAGUGCAACCAAAUACUUGCAAAACCAAUGAUAUGCCAUUAGCCUCAGAUGGAGAUUGUUUGCCAUGCUAUUUAGAAAAUACUAGCAUGCUAAAAGGCUAAACAUACUUGGUGAACGUGAUAAUCAUUGUGCUGUUUCACAUCAGCAUGUUAGCAUUGCUGCGUGAGCAUUAGCUGGAUGCUAUUGUUAGCAUUUAGGUCAAUGCACCAAUGUGCCUGUGUAAGGAUACACAAAGCCCCUAGCUUGGCUAUAGACUUUAGCUUCAACUCAAGCAGAACAAGUAUACUGUAGCUGCAACCCUGAGCAAAGGGCAUCAUUCACCAUGUAUUUCUAAGCUUUUUCUUACAUUUCUGUUCUCAAGAAGUCAAGGAAGAUUUGUAGACCUGUUUGAAAUGUUCACACAGCCUGUGUUCUUAAACUGAUGAAUGCUAAGCCCUUGUAAGUUGGAAACUUGUGCCAGUUAUUUUUAAUUAGCAAAAAAAAAAACUGCCCCUUUAAGGCCCACACAGGAUUUAAAAGACAGGCCAAGAGCCACAUUCAAAUCUUUUAAAAGUUUAUGUACCUGACUCUCAAUGUUUCCUCAAAAAGAUGUAUCGGAUGAUAUCAAUGAACUAGAGAACGCUGUCACCAGACAAAAGAGACAACAGAUCAAGUGAAUUAAAUCUGAUCUAAUAUUUUCAUAGUAAAAGUUUGCAAAAAUGGGAGACACUAACUAUAUGUUGUCACAUUGUAAACAUUUUGCAACAUGUAAACAGUUUGCAGUUUAGACCAACCACAAUACAACUGAAAUGAAAGCUGGCUACACUAAUAUCGAGUAUUUAUAUACAGUACACCUACAAUGGUGCAAAACUAAGACAAACACAAUACCUGAUAAUUUUGCCCUGGCAUAGCCACAAGUUUGCUCACAAGUGUUUGUAGAUGCACUUCUUAGCUAAGAACAAAUCCUUACAAAGACAACUUUGGUGACGGAUGUCAGAAUCCUCUUGAGAUCAUGUGUACGUGGGUUUUAAGAAGAAAGGUUAUUUUUAAGACGUGUUAGUGAAUGAGGCCUAAAGUUCUCAACCUGUGUCAAAGUUAGCACAUACAUUGUCCUAAAAAUGUGAGAAUGAACGUCAGUUUUACUCAUGUAAUUUAACUGCAUGGCUUAUUACAAAAUGGGUAAUUAAUGAUGAAACACAUUGUUUAAGGGUUGAUUUUUGAAAAGUCCUGAUGUACAGUAGAGUUCUGCUAUUGUAGAUUUUAUGAAAAAAAUAACUAAAGAAAUGUUUGAGAGGCUAUACAACACAACAGCUUAUUCAUCAAUGUAUAGAAAGCUGUUAUUUAUUUGCAGAAAUCUGACAUUUAAUACAGCCUAUAGGGUGCCUUAUGAAUAUAAUCAAUGAUGUUCUGUCAUUAUUAUGUACAUUGUAAUAUAUCUUUUCAUAAAACAGUAGGAGUUAAGUGCCUUUAAUGGAUUUUUUUUUAGAAUUAUUAGUGUUACAACAUUUGAAUUAAUCUUCACAUGUUUAAAUAUUAUUGUUGCGUAUAGAGUGUUAAUUUGAAGAAUAAUAUGCAUGGUUCAUGUGUAUAGUGUAUCAUAUUAAUUCUUUAUCAGUAAUAUCAUUUUGUUGAUGCCACAGAAUAAAAUGUUUGAUUACAAGUGUAUGAUAGUCAGUAUGGCUUUACAAGCUUGUCUCAAUUUUAAAUUAUAAACUGCACUCUGAA